AUGGCAGCAGCAGUGGACUCUCCGAGCUCCAGCCCUCUCGGAGGCCGCAGUCAGCCUGCUGAGAAUGGCCAUGCCUUCACAUCUGGGGCGUAUUUCUUCCCCAGCUUCUCUCCAACAUCUCCAUUUGGAACAGCAGGAGCAGCUCACAUAACUCCAAACAAUGCCGCUUUCCCAGGGGCAGCAGCAGGCAUGACGCCCGGCAAGCCUGCUGCACAGACCCCGCGCAGACCCCACAGGACCUCCAGGACCCGCUCACCAGUCGCUGCCAAUCCUCCUCCCUCUUCCUCAGCGUUUGGCACCCCUGAGUGGGAACCAAGCAGCGGGACUUCAUGGCCAGGAUUCAGCGCAGAGUCUGCCGAAACAGCUGCAGCAGAGACAGCAGAGACAGUCUUGCCACAGCGCUUUGCUCAAUCAGUCAACCUGGGUGGGUUCCACCAAGGGACACCCACAGUCACUCCCAUGACAGCCAAGAGGAGUGCCCACCGGGCGCGCAGGCCCCCCGCCACAGCAGGGAGGACCCCCGCAGCUGUGGACAGUCCAUUUGUGAGGGAGGGGUCUCCGAUGGACUGGUCGCCCUUUGUGACCACUGCUGCCGGCGGCCAGAGCUCCUCUACAACGCAGACUUCUCAGGGCACUAUGAGCAGCGGGCAGGGAGAUAAGGUGAGGGGCACUCGGCUCAGGUUUGAGCAGAGGGCUGAUGCAGCGGCAGCGGAGCACACAUUUCGGGAACCUUCAGUGCCAGAGGAGGAUGUCACAGAUGGCCUGCACGUUGACAUGGCAGCAAGCACCAUUUCUGGGGGUGGCGUUGGCAGCACACAGCCAAGUCUGGCAUCGGACUUCAGCGCUCGCUUCAGGUUUGGCGACAAGCCCGCACCUGACCCUGGCGCGACAGGGGAAGCUCCCGAGCAGCUGCCGCAGAACGCCGCGACAGCUGCCGGCUCCGCGGCGCAGCCAUGCGCCGAGACCACAGCAGGCACAGUGCAGUCCGCCAGAUCAGGCUCCUCCGGCAGCUCCUCUUCAGGCGUUCCAAACGGCAUCAACAUUGGUGUGCGCCCCUCUGGAUCCAGCCGAUUCAGGACCGCCACCGGAGACAGGGCUGGCGGCCGCCGGGUGACGAAGACCGAGACGGCACCCAGCCGCGGCCACGACGCUGCCAGAUGUGGCCGCGCUGAUGUCAGCGUUAGCUCGGCCGCCGCGCAGCAGAGCGCGCGGGAGAACGACCGUGCAAAGGCAAACCAGGGGGCCGCCAAGCCGGCCGCGCAUGUGAAGCCAGCCAAACCUUGCACAGACCACCCUGCGCAGAACUUUGUGCAGCAGACAGCAGGUGCAGUGAGAGAGGCUUCUGUCAGCAUAGAGGAUGCAGACAUGCCGGAUGCAUCGCCCUGCGCCUCGGGUCAGACCAGGGCUGACAGCAAUGGGUCCGCAGCACCGUUUGGGUUCACAAAGACAGCAUUACCAGCAGGCGUGAAGAGCACAGCUAACAAGACAAGCUCGCCCACAGCGGCAGACGACAGGCCAGAUGCAGCCAAAGCAGAGUCGCCAGUCAAUGGCUGGAGCCCGCAGAAUGCUACAGAGGGAUCUGCAGGUGCCGAAAAGGCGGGCUCAGGGCUGCGCUUCAGCUUCGAUGCUCAGGCGGCUCAGGCUGCAAGCCUUCACCCCACCGCAGUUACUGCAGCUAGUGAUGAGGUUCCAGUGGAGCCAGCGCAGGCCGCUGGGAGCAGCAGGGGGCAGCAGAAUGUCACUGAUCAGGGGACAGCCUCGGGGGUGCCACAAUUCUGGUCAGUGCCCACUGUUGCAGUGGGCCAGGAUGGGCAGGAGCAAAGGAGUCAGGGACAGGGGCUGGCUGGCGGCUCCGGGCAGGCUCCAAGCAAGACUGCCACAGGGUCAACCGAGGGGUUCACCCUGGGUUCAUUCAGCCGCAUGCACAACAAGAAGCCGCGAGCGGGUGGGGCGGUCAGGCCCCGGGGAGCAGCUUCUACCGCUCAGCAAACGCAUGCGGCCAAGCCGGAUCAGCAGCGAGAGCAGGCUUCUUCAGCAGCGGCUGGCAAAGAUCAAGCAGGCGAUGUGUUUAAUGCUAACGUCUGGCGCAGCUAUGCGCAGCAGCUGCACACCGAGAAGAGCAGCGAGGGCACUGAUACAGUGCCUGCAGGAGAGCCACAAUCUGGCAGCCAGGCUCCAACACAGAUGCCGGGAGGUCCUGCAGUUGUAACCGCGCCAUUCCCCUGUAAUGCAGGUGGGGGCCCAAAUCUUCCGCAAGUCGCCAAUGCUGACAGCGUGCCGAGGCCUUCUGGGGACAAUGGCCUGAAGGAGCAACAAGGUGUCAGGCGAGCAGAUAGCAUGGCGAACCGCCUCAGGCAGCAAAGCUUUGGGGAGCCAGAAGAUUCAUCAACUGCUGAAUCAGCCGCCACUGCAACCAAAUUGCCGCCUGACGGAGUCCCGGCUGCAGAGUUUGACAAGGCGGCGGCCAGUUUUGGCGCGGGGCAGCAGGGGGCCUCGUUUGGCCUCGGGCAGGCCCCGAAGGAACAGCGCGCAACGCCGCGGCGCGGCCGCGGCCUGGCCACGCGCAGCCGGCCGCCAGCCCGGGAAGCAGCCGCUGGCGGCGCCGCAGCGCAGCCGCCUGCGGGAUCGGCCCCGGCAGCUCAGCAGCCUUCCUUCAGCUUUGCCUGGCCCCCCACCUCAGACCAGCCCAGCAGGAACUCCCGGGAAGCAUCUGCUUCUGAGCCAUCUUUUACGGCCCAUACCACACACCAGCAGCAGCAGCAGCCAUUCUUUGGUUUCCAGCCUGCGCGGGACAGCAAUGCAGCGCACCAGGCAAGCCAGCCAGCUUCCAGCUGGCCUGCACCCGAGCCACCGGCGGCGGCCGCUGAGCAGGGGGCGCCUGCUUUCAGCUUCAAAUCCCCUGGCGCUAAGGGGCGCGCGCCGAGCGAGGAGCGCGCAGCAAAGCCGCGCACCGCUUUUGACUGGGGCAAGCCGCCCACCGAUGCACCCUUCGCGCAGCCGCCUGCGCCUUUCCCCAUGGCGCAGGCCGGAACGCGGCCAGUCGCCUUUGAUGACAUUGCCGAGAUCAGGAUUGGUGGGGGGCCCGUGCGUGGGUCCGUUCCCUCCUCAAAGCAGCAGGUGUCCUCACACGGCUUUGCAGCAGAGCAGCCCGCUUUCACCGCAGAAUUCAAGCCGGCGCCCAACUUUGGAAGUGCUCCGGCAUUUGCGGAAGGAAAAGCGGCUGGGCCGUCCUUCCGCGUGGUUUCCACACCCUCAAAGCAGCCGGCACGGCAGCGGCCGCCGGCGUCAGUUGCCGGGAGCCAGGCCAGCAGCGAGGCAGCAUUGGAGAGGCAGAAGGGAUUGCCGCUGCAGGGCGUGGACCGGCUGCGACAGAGGGGCAACGACGCCUUCCAGCGAGGCAGCUACUCGCGCGCCGUCGAUCUCUACCAACGGGCGGUGAACCUGCUGCAGGAGAAUGGCGUGGCCGAGGGCUUGGGCAAGCUGUACAGCAAUCUGGCCGCCUCCUAUCUCCAGAUGGACAAGCCAUACGCCGCCAUCGCAGCCUGCAACUCCGCCCUGCAGGCCGAGCCGUCGUUCUUCCGGGCGCGGCUGCGCUUGGCGACCUGCCACAGCCGCCUGGGGGAUCUACCCUCCGCGCUGAGCGCGCUGGGCCCGGACGCCACGUCAGCCGCCAACAUGGCCGAAGCCGCCGGCAAGCGCGCUGACCUGGAGGCCCUGCAGGAACGCCUCAGCAAGGCAAUUCUGGCGGCGAGUGCGGCGAGCAGCCCAGAUGCGGCUGAGUCAUCCCUGAGGGAGGUUGAGGCGCUGCUGGCCAAGGAUCAGGCGCCCUUCAGCUCUGCACUGCACCGCCUUAGCGCGCAGCUUCUUCUGCAGCUUGGCAGGAGGGAGGAGGCAGCGGAGAUGUGCAGGCUGUGCGCCAGUGUGAGGGAGCCCGGGCUGCAGCCGCCGCCACUCUGGCCCUGGUGGCUCGGAGUGCAGAGCGCAUUCCACUCCGGCGACCUCAACUCGGCGGCGGAGCAAAUAGAGUCCAUCACGACCCAGUAUGCUGCUGCCGGGAAAGACAGCAUCGCCACCAGCGAGGCAGAAGAAUCUGCUCUGCCUGUGGCUGACCUUGCAGCACUGGCCCGGGAGUUGCGCUCUCUGCUGACUCUGAAGGAAGCCGGCAACAGGGCGAUAAAGGAGGGAAAGGGGGAGGAAGCGCUGCAGCACUACAACGCGGCGCUGACGGCGCAGCUUCCCGGCAGCUGCGCGUUCGUGGCCGUGCUGUUUGCGAAUCGCGCGGCGGCGCACCAGUCUCUGGGGCAGGCCACGCACGCCGUCGCAGACUGCCUCCGCGCCACCGCCCUCAACCCAGGCUACUCCAGGGCGCACUCGCGGCUGGCGACGGUGCUGUCGGAGCUCAAGCACCGGACAGGCGAGGCAGACGCUCUCGAGAGGCUGCAGGCGUUGCCGGUGUCCGCCCCUGCCGAGGCGGCCAGUGUGGCACAGCGGCUGCGCGCAGCACGGACAGCCGCACGCAGCGCGACCCCCGACCACUACAAGGUUCUGGGACUCGCCCGGGACGCUGACGCGGAAGAGGUGAAUCUUUUCUCCUUCAAAGAGACUACCGGGUACAACUUGCAAGGCAAAGAAGGCAGCCUGUACUCCCCAGGAAGCGGCUUGCACCACCUGGCAGUCAUCGCCGGGCAACCUGCAACAGUGCGACGGGCGUACAAGAGGAGCGCGCUGCAGCUGCACCCAGACAAGGCUCUGGCGCAGUGCCGCUUCUCCAGUCGCCUCGGACCCCACGGCGUUCUGCUCAUGGACACACCACAGGUGCUAGCACGCGUGCGCGACAAUGCAGACUGGCUCUUCAAGUGCGUUGGCGCGGCGAACGCGGCGAUUACGGACCCGGCCGCGCGGCGCCAGCUGGACGCUGACCUGGCGGCGCAGGAGGGCCGGGCCGCCGGCUACGGCUACUCACCUUACUCGCCAUCGUCCUACUACAGCCGCCCCGCAGACAACUUCUACAGGCGCUCUGGGGGCCGCAAGAGCUCGUACAACUACGGCGGCGCAUCGUUUUACGAGAGCUUCCGGCGCAGUGCGCGGCGGCCGGCCGGCCCAUAUGCCAACGGCCACGGCGGCGCGGCGUCCGAUGACAGCGAGAGCGAGGGCUUCGACUACAACAACUUCUACUAA